AUGUCUCAAGGUUCGAUUACUCAAGCUAAAGACUGGAAAAGGCGAGCAGCACCAAUACAGGUCAAAGAAGCCGAUCUCCCGUCAUCGAUUCCGUCUCAAACAGGUCUGACGUUUAAUGUGUGGUACAAUAAAUGGUCGCAAGGUAAUAGUGGGAAGGAACGGUUCGUGAACCCUUACAGGCUGGAACCUGAGCUGCAUGAAGGCUACACUAGGGGAGAUGGCGUCAAACAGGUGUUUUUCUGUCUAUAUUUUGGAAAAGGCAUGUGUUGUUUGGGCAAGAAAUGCACCUAUCUUCACCAUGUGCCGGAAGGGGAGGAUGUUGCAAGGCUGGCUUUAAAGUCCAACGUACGAGACUGUUUUGGUCGUGAGAAAUUUGCCGACUACAGAGAGGAUAUGGGUGGGAUAGGUUCCUUUCGGAAGGGUAACAGUACUUUGUACAUAGGUGGCAUCGGCGGAGCUUUAAACAACAAGAAUUUGAAGGCCAGUCAGAUCGAGAGUCGACUUCAUUUCAUGUUUGGCAAACUGGGGCCACUGGAGAGAAUACGAUAUGUGGAGAAUAAAAAUUGCGCGUUCGUUAGGUACAGGUGGCAAACAAGUGCCGAAUUUGCUAAAGAAGUGAUGAGCAAUCAAACUCUUUUGAUAAGGUCGGACAAAGAAUGGCAAGAACGCAGAGAAGGUACAGGUUUGCUUGUGAAAUGGGCAAACGAUGAUCCUAAUCCAGAGGCACAGCAAAGGGAAAAGGAAAGACAAGAGGAACAAUCUAUGCAAGUCAUGCUGCAACUUUUACAAAAACAUGAGCAAGAUAGUGCUUUGAAAAGAAAACUGGAGGAACAGCAAGAGGAGGAAGAUCAGAACGCUAACCAUACAGGCCCUACUGGUCACAAGCUUCUUGAAAAUGGGAAAAAAGGAUACACUUCCAUUUUUGAUUGCAUACCGAAAGAUUCUUUGAAAAGGCUUAAAAAACUAAAUCGCGACAAUCCUGCUUUUGCUACGGUAGAAAAAACCCCAGUUCCUUCGCAGUCAGGUGGAUUGGUCGACUAUUCUUCCUCAGAUAGCGAUUAA